ACCGUGGACUUGAUAUAUUCUCAGUCGUUUCACCGGCAUCAUAGUCAUCAUCAUCAGUUCGUCUUGCUAUUGUCAGCAGCAAUCUCAGCUAAACGCAUCAGACACAAAAGAAGUCAAACUGUCGACUCUACAUCUCCCGACUUGUCCACAUUCCAAUCGCCAAAAGUUGUGCCCGUUUUUGGCAAGUUUCGUGUGCCCCCCUCACACCCGCUGUUCCCGUUUGAUCGGUUAAUCCGUCUCGGACCCCCCCCGGUUCUGCAGGCAUGGCAGUCACAAUCUAUGCCCUCUACUCGGCGAGGCGUUACUGUUCGUGAUUCGUGGCCUCGAGUGAACGCUGGGCACGCUGGGACUGGAACCGAGUGA